AUGUUCCUGAACACGGUGUUAGUGGUCCUGACGGACCUGAUGGCCCAGCUCCUGGGAAAUGCCUUGUUCCGGCGGCACUUCCACCUCUUGUUGUCGGCAGUGGUGAUGUUUGGCCCAGCUCUAAGCCUCUGGGUCUCCCAAUACAGCGUGUUUGCCAAGAGGACACACUUCCUGUACAGGAUGUUCUUGCGCUCUGGAUGGGGCUGGACCUGCAUCUUUGUUGGCUCCUUCAUCUUCCUCCUCUCCUUCUCCAUCCGCCGCUCCCUCUCUCUCUCCCUCCGCCACCUCACUCGGCUCGGCGUGGCCGGCAGUCUGUGGCUCAGUUUCCGGAAGCUCCUGGACCUUCUGGAGAACGCCACAGGGAGCUGCUAUGAGCCCUUAGCACCUACCGAGGGAGGCCCAGCUGCCUCCCUGGCCAACGGGCAGCCUCUCCUCCUGCUGAGGGAGGGGGAGAGCAAGUCAGGGUGCCUCAGGGCCGGAAUGGUUUGGAGGGGCUAUGAAGUUUCAGAGGAUAUCUUCCUCCUCUGUCUCUGCUGCCUCCUGCUGGCGGAGGAGACCGCCGUGUUUGGCCCUUACCUGAAACUGGGCGGGGCCUCGGGGGCUCCGCUCAGGAUUCUCUUCCUGUUUUGUGUCCUCCUGCUAGGGCUCUGGAUUUUCCUGCUGCUCUGUCUGCUGGCUUACUUCCCGCAGUUUCCUACCCAGCUGUUAGGGGGCGCUCUGGGCUGUCUCAGCUGGAGAGGCCUCUAUCAGGGCUGGUACCGACUAGGUCCAAGCUGGUAUUGCCCAGGGCGGCCUGGAUUCGGACUGCUCAGCACCAAGACGGAGAGAAACGGGGAGGCGAGCUGA